UUAGGAAGAGAGCGUAUGAAAUUGAGGAUUGCAGAUAUUUAUAUAUGUAUACAUAGUUGACAAUGUGGUUAAAGGUAGAUAAAAAUUUGUUAAUGUUGUCAGUUUACAUUUGUAGUUGUACUUUAUAAUGGCACCAAAGAGGAACUUGCGAGCUCAACUAAAGAAGGGAGGUAAGAAGGUGGAAAGUAAGAGACGCGGUGGUAGCACAUCAGCACCCAACUCUAAGAGUCGACGAACUACUAGGCAGCAAUCCAAAGCUGAGACGGAAAGCACCAAACUUCCAGGGCACGUUCCACUCUCCUCUCCCCCAUCUGAGAUGCCCAUCGACGCUCCAAAGGAACAGAUCUUUCAGGAUGCCGAUAUAUUUAAAGUUAGGACACAUUCAUUCGGGAAUCCAAUAGAAGCGAACAAAGUAAUUACAAGUGUCCUCACAAGUGAGCAGCUGGAAAAGUAUAGAAAAACAUGUUUUGGACACUUACUUGACAUGAAGAACCUCAGGUUCUCUGGUCAUCUAGUGCAUCACCUGCUUUGCAGACGAGUUGUGUCCAACAAUCCAGGAGUACUGGAGUUUAACUUCGGCGGAUUUGGAGUGCGGUUUACGAAGUGGGAAUUCGCACUCAUUAGUGGCUUAAAGUUUUGUAGGUACCCUUCCAUGUAUGAUAUGCAAAUUUCCAAAGGAAAGGAGCUGCUCACGAGGUUGCUAAAUGACAGGGCUGACUUGAAACUGCCCGAACUGGAAUGA